GGAGCCAAUCAAAACUCACCAUCUGUAAACAUGGCGUCUGACUUCAGGUUGAGAUGUGUAGUGCUCCUGCUAAGCACUUGUUUGCUUUGUAUUUUAGCAGCUGACAGCAAAGAUAAGCCCAAGAAAAAGAAAGAUAUUCGAGACUACAAUGAUGCAGAUAUGGCGCGGCUUUUGGAACAGUGGGAGGAGGAUGAUGACAUUGAGGAAGGUGAUCUCCCAGAGCACAAGAGGUCGCCUCCUCCCAUUGAUUUCUCCAAGGUGGACCCAUCAAAGCCAGAGGAGCUGCUCAAGAUGUCAAAGAAGGGCAGGACUCUGAUGGUUUUCGCUACAGUGUCGGGAGAUCCCACAGAGAAAGAGACAGAGGAGAUCACAGGCCUGUGGCAGGGCAGCCUCUUCAACGCCAACUUUGAUGUUCAGAGGUUCGUGGUGGGCUCUAACAGGGUGAUCUUCAUGCUGCGGGACGGCAGUCUGGCCUGGGAGGUCAAAGACUUCCUCGUGUCCCAGGAUCGCUGCAUGGACGUCACGGUGGAGGGACAGGUGUUCCCUGGGAAGGCGGGCAAGAAGGACGAUGCCAAAGACAAGCAGCAGAAUGAAAUCAAUGGCAAGAAGAAGAGCAAGAAGAAGACAGAGAGCAAGAAACCUGACGUUGAAGGGAACAGCGCCAGCCAUCUGAAAAAUGAGCUGUGAUGAAAUAACGCAGAGGGAGUUGAGGAGUCACGGAUCCUUUUGCUUCCAAUUUUGCUUAUUCUCAAGACCAAGAUCUGUGAGUGAUAAACUUACGAGGGGCUACAGGACUACAGAAGUUGCACUGGUCCAGAGUUGGUGGUGUGAGUGAACUAAUAAAUCCUGUUUGGAACAAUAAGCAUGACUGCUGAGAUGGAAUCAUUACUCAGAGAUUUAUUGUCAGUGGGACAUGUUAAAGUCCAUCCUCAAAAUCGUUGGCCUUUGUCACAGAGUCGUAACAAGCUCCUUAAAAUCUGUAGUAAUGUCAGAGCUGACUUAUUUACUUACUUUCUAUUAGAUUAUCAUCAAAUCAAAACCAAUGCAUGCACAUCUUGUUUGAAAAGUACUCAAGAUAAGCAUUAUUAAAUUUUGAUAUUAAGUUUUUUCUCCAAGAACCAUGUUAGGUACAAGAACUUGUUUUCCAAGUACAAACAUGGGAGUUAUCCAUGAGACCUUUCAGUCUUGGUCCCUGUUUGAUAUUGUUCACAUCUAGCAGCACUUCAAGAUUUGAUACAAAAGUAGCACCAACACUUUCUGAUUUCUUGAUUUUUCACUGAAUAUGAAAAUAAAAUUUUUUAUAUAAUCAUA